AUGACGGAUACCAACGAGUCUGACGUACCCGUUUUCGAUCAGCCUCCACCGAAGUUCCAAUCACAUCAUGCACAUCAUGCAGCCAGCAAUCCACCUGAAAUAAACUCGCCACCUCCAUCGGACAGUUCUCGCUCUUCUAGGAGGUCUUCGAAAUCGGCAAAAGCGAGAGACACAACAACCACCGCCGCCGAAUCACCGCGAAGUACCACGUCGUCGAUGAAAUCGGCACAUCGGUCGAACUUGUCGAGGAACUCGUCGUCGCACAUCCCGUCACAUGCGCACCGAUCGGAUUCGUUACCGGCAAUUAAGAAGACGGCGAAUAAGAAAAGUUUGUCGUUGCCGGUGAAACAGGAUCAGUCAGCUACCGAACCAACGUUCACGUCGCCAAGAUGUAGCAUUUCAACAACAGGCACUUCUGUAUCUGAUUUGCCAAGAGGCAUGAGAUACACGUCUAUCGACUUGGAGAAUGAACUACCAGAGAUAUUCAGCUCAUCGUUGAAUCCAGCAAUCCAAGAUCCAGACAUGAGCGAAUUCUAUUCACGAGGCCCACCAUUCUACAAAACGAAAAGCCCACCACCGCUUUACAUCAGUCGAAAAGCUUCGAUGGCAUCGUCUGUUCCAUCAAUACCGUCACGCAAGUACACGCCGUCAGUGUACAUGGAGAGACGAGCAAGACUGAAGAUCUGGUUGACGUUGUUCAUCGCCGUCUUCUUUAUUUUCCCGAUUCUAAUCAUCGUUAUAUUUCGUCUUCUACCGAGUUUGAUUGAUUACCUUGACCAAAGCUCAUCAAAGGCGUGA